CGAUCACUCAAUGUUUUGAGCCGUUGCACAUCUCUAUUAACUGAGGCUUAGUAAUUGUUGAAAGCCCCCUAGACGCGGUUGUGUAUUGUGUGUUAUAAUGAAUGUAUCAUAUAAUAUUGUUUGCUGCUGGGUGAAGUGAUCUAAACUCUGAAAGUGUACAGGGCUUGCAACGUAGAUAUCAGAAUCGCAAAACGCAACAAGUAUUAAAUUAGCUUUGGAUAGACACAACGCAGACGUUCUCUGCCUUCGUGCCGUGUUGAAAGUUCGCAGCUAUCCUGCUCGCUCUUGUGGCCCAUUGAUUCGUGACGCGUCUUUCUACUAGUGUAUUGCACAUCUGCGCCGGCGCUACAGUUCCAUGCGAGUUAACACUUGUGGCUGAGAAGCGGGCGCCGCGAAUGCAUUUGAUGAAUUCAAAGACGGAUAAUAAACAAUCAGCAGUAUUUAUGAAUUACAAAACAUAGGAUGACUGUAACUCGACUGCGGUCUUACGAAUGCGUCUUAUCGAAUGCUGUCUAUUAACUGGUACUUGUCGAUGAUCGUUUAUCAACUGUGGUUUAUCGAAAGCUGAUUAUCGAAAGGUAUACAACAGCGAAAAGCAGCAGAAAUUACAGCAUACAGAUAAUUAAGCAGAGUAACCCCAAAAAAAAGGAAGAAGAAAAUAAGAGCUGCAAAGGAAACUAUAACGAGCAGACGAGCCUGGAACCAAAACCAUAUCAAAGCAAAGCAAAGCAAAACUAACAAUUAACUUGGCUAAGCCUGCUACCUACCUGCCAAUUGUUCGUUGUGAUAGUAACCAGAAAACUCGCACUGCGUAACCACAAGGACCAAAGAGGCAACAACAACAAGAACAUACAAUAGAGACAAAGUGUAUCAAUUAUAAUACGGGUGCAAGCUGAGCAAUCCGAACUGACCAAAGAGGCAGCCAUGUUGGCGACAACAACAUCAAGAGCAACAGCAACAACAACAAGGAGACAAUCUACAACCACAAUUACCUCAGAUCCGGGCAUUCUGUGUUUUCAUCACUGCAACGUAAAAGUUUUCUGCUUCGUUCUGCCCCUCAGCUGUCCCCAUUGCAAUGCGCAACUGGAUGCGGAUGCGGAUGCGGAUGCGGAUGCGGAUGCGAAUGCGAAUGCAGAAGGCUCUGCAAAUGCUGUAGCAAACGCAUCUGGUGUUGGCUCCAUGACCAUUUCGAGACUACUGCCCUUUCGCUUGCCCUAUCCCUUUGUCCGGGCCACGCAGCAUCCAUGUGCAAUCGUCCUGCGUCCCUCCAUCGGAGACUUUCUCAACGAUUACAGCAACGCCACAGAUUUGCAUAUCGCGGUGACCACAUCCGGCGGCGACAUUGUCGAAUUCGAUAGGGAUGGACUGCGGCGGCAUCGGCGCGAAGAUAAUCCCCGCGACUGGUGGCAAUCGUUGCUGGUGGGAGAUGUGCCAGAGCCGUGGCAUUACUACUGGGACGAGGUGCUCGAACAGAUUUGUGGCGAUUCAACGCGCUGGUCCAUAGCCCGCUACGAAGAGAGCAGCCACAAUUGCUACACCUUUGUCCUGGCCUUCCUGCAGGCCCUGAGCUAUGCCCAGCUCAGCGAUGCGGCCCGCACCAAAACCAGCUUCUGUGAGAAGUACAUUGUGCCCCGAACGACAACGGCUGGCAAAUACAUCUCUCUCUAUCGCCGACUCCGCCUAGCGGGCAUCCACGUGCAGCGCCAUCAGCCCAAGCAACGGCUCUCCAAAUCAGUUGUCGCUGCUGGCAAGGAUCUCAAAGUGGCCCACACAAAGGCCAAAACCAAUGGCUAUAUCUGCAGCAAUACGUACGCAACCCGUUCGCAUCCACGCCAAACCCUCUGCACCAUCGAAGAGUAGCCGCAGAUGUGAACUAAUCUAUGUCGCAUUCCGUUUUCAAUUCGUUUCAUUAAUUUAGUAAAAUUAGCUAUACUUCUAUGAGCUGGAAUAUCACAGAUUCAAGUAUUGAUAUUUGGCAGCACUUUAACUAUGAAUGUCUUUAAUUUUAAAUAUUUUUGUGGGCAAAUUAUCGAUAGCAUACGCCAAUCUAUCGAUACCUUUUUUCGUGUAGAUAAAAAUAUAGAAAUAGAUUUUAUUAUCGUUCCAUUUAGUUAUUUGUUCCUACACACACGCACUUAGAAAUUGAUAUUCUUAUGUGUAUUGACUUCAUUUAAUUUUUUCAAUCUUUACUUAAACUUUACCUUAUAUAUUUAUUUUUAGUCUUUUAAAUCUGUUUUUUUCCAGCCUUAAUUUAUGAUAAAUUCUUCAAUCGCUUUAUUAUUGUGAGUGAGCAAAAAUCGCAUUUGAUAUGCCUACUACUAUUAUGACUACUCCUACUAUUUUGUUUAUUAUUAACCAUAGCUUGCAAAUAAUAAUUUAUCGUUUGGCUCUUUCUCGCUCUGAGCUUGUUAAGCAACCGAUGCGAUAAUCUGUUGCUCUCUGAGUCUUUUCUGAGAAUGUGAGAAAAAAAAAUAAUAUAUUUUUUGCAGUCAUCGGCAAUCGCUCAAAAGUUAUAUGCGAGCUUCGUUAUUAAUCCUAAGUGCACCUUAACAUACCUAUAUGUUUACUUCAGUUUAUUUAGUUAUUGCGGAACGAGAGCCCUUAACUAUAAUAUUGUAUUUAAUGUGAUUAUGAACAGUGAUUUUUAAAAUAAAAAAUAUAAAGAAUAAAAUAAAA